AUGGGUGCCAGGGUGACCAAAGCAUGGAGAGCAGGGGCAGUGGCACUGCAUGACACUUGCGAGCCAAAUCAUCACCAACCAGCCAUUCUGAAUUCAUCUUCCCUUCGGCAAAUUGCAGAAGGCACCCAUAUUUCUGAAAUGUGGCAAAAUGACUUACGACCUUUGCUGGUAGAACGGUAUCCAGGAUCCCCUGGAAGCUAUGCUGCACGUCAGCACAUCAUGCAGCGAAUUCAGAGACUUCAGGCUGAGUGGGUCUUGGAAGUAGAUACUUUCUUGAGCAAGACGCCCUAUGGGUACCGGUCUUUUUCAAAUAUCAUCGGCACUCUUAACCCCACUGCCAAACGACACUUGGUCCUCGCCUGCCACUAUGACUCCAAAUAUUUUCCCCACUGGGACAACCGGAUGUUUGUGGGAGCCACUGAUUCAGCUGUGCCGUGUGCAAUGAUGUUGGAACUUGCUCGUGCCUUAGACAAGCGACUCCUUUCCUUGCAGAAUGUCUCAGAUUCCAAGCCACGUCUGUCACUUCAGCUAAUUUUCUUUGAUGGGGAAGAAGCAUUCCUUCACUGGUCUCCUCAAGAUUCCCUGUAUGGGUCUCGACACUUAGCUCUGAAGAUGGCAUCAACCCCGCACCCACCUGGAGCGAGAGGCACCAACCAACUUCAUGGCAUGGAUUUACUGGUCUUGUUGGAUUUACUUGGAGCUCCAAAUCCAACAUUUCCCAAUUUUUUCCCAAAAACUGCCAGAUGGUUUCAUAGACUUCAGGCAAUUGAACAUGAACUCCAUGAACUGGGUUUGCUCAAGGAUCAUUCUUUGGAGAGGAAGUAUUUCCAGAAUUUUGGCUCUGGAGGUAUUAUCCAGGAUGAUCAUAUUCCAUUUCUGAGAAAAGGUGUUCCAAUUCUGCAUCUGAUACCGUCUCCUUUCCCCGAAGUCUGGCACACCAUGGAUGACAGUGAAGAAUAUCUGGAUGAGCCAACCAUUGACAAUCUAAACAAAAUCAUACAAGUGUUUGUGUUGGAAUAUCUUCAUUUGUAAUACUUUGAUUGAGUUCAUGGUAAUUGCUUCUAUAUUGAAUUCAAAAGUCAAAGCACCAUUUAAAAUGAUCUGAUCUGUGUCUUUGAAUAUGUGAUCAGCGAAUCACAGAAUUGUAUUUUCAAUUGCUCAUUAAUUUUUAUCUACAGAAAAAGGGAACAUCUAAAGAAAACAAAAAAAUCUUUAAAAAACUCAUUUAGAUAAAGACUAAAAAAUGAGAUCAGACUCACUUAUUCAAUACCAUAGACUUUCAAACAGUACUAAAUAUGAUGAUGGGUGCAAUAUGUAGCCUUAGUUUCAUGAUUUUUUUCAUACUUAGGAAUCUAUUAUACAAUACAAAAUGGAGAUGUACUCUGAAGGCUUUUAGCCCUCUGAGAAAUCUUUGUAGGGUUAAUUUUAUGGAAAUUAAAAUCAGAGUUAAAUGCCACAUUGUGAAUUUCUUUUCUUAUUCAUAUGUAUAGAUGAAAAAGUAUUC